UUUCCCAAUGUCGUGAAGGACUUUAACAUAAGUAUAUUUAAUUAAGUCGAGAUUUCUCAUACAUAUAUAUGUGGAAAUAUGUGCAAGCUCCUAUGUCAUGAAUGGCUGUCCCACAACAUAACUCAGGAAGAGGAAAGCAAGAUGUCAGGUGACCGUUCUGGGCGAAGGUCUGGUCGUCGCCCUGGAAGACGGCCUGCGAAGGUUGACGUGAAGGCGAAGUUGGAACGCAGUCGACAGAGUGCCAGAGAAUGUCGAGCUAGAAAGAAAUUGCGUUACCAGUACCUUGAAGAUUUAGUUAGCAGCAGAGAGCAAGCUAUAUUUAGACUCCGAGAUGAACUCGAAUUGUGUAAGCAGUGGUGCAUUCAACUGGAUGCUGGGGAAAUACCAGAAAACAUAGUAGAAAUGCUAGCAAAAGGGACAAAGAAACGGGAUAAAAACCAGGAUGAAUCAAGCUCGGAAGACAGGGACUCUCCACCCGGAAGUAGCACGUCAUCAGCUUAUAGUCAUGGAUCUCCUGACAACAGUCAAGGAUCUCCACCUGGGGCCACAGGGUUUGGAGACAUCAAAUACCCCAAUCCAAUUAUGAGAGAUGUGAACACUUAUCAGACCGGCCAUGGAAGCAUGAUCCCAACCCUUGAUGAUACUGGCGGUGAUCAGUUAUUUAGUCCGUGGAGAAAACAAAGUCCUGUUCUGUCAACACAACGAAAUCAAAAUAUUGGGAACGUCAUCUCCUCUGCAGCACACACAGCGUCAUUUACCGGUCAAAGGCCGAUGGGGCCUUCCUUUACAAGCCAAAGACCGAUAUCAACUCUUCAGCAAGGAUUGCCUAAAUUUAAUGCAAUAUCAACAUUGGGACAUUCUAGUGCUAACGUUUUGGACAAUAGUGGUAGAGCUACAGCUGGCAGUUUAAGUAGGAGGCAUUCAGAUUACGGCGCUUUUCGCGUUGUUCGACCAGAAAAUCCUGGUCAGAUCCCUGUCUCGUCACAAAUCAAACCACCCUUAUCGUCACCGAUGACGUCAGCUGGUCCGUCAACGUUUACGUCACAAACUGGCAAAGACUUUGUGUAUGAAUACAACCAAAGAAAAAGGUCUUUAGAGUACACCGUGCUUCAAAGGCCAAUGACACAGCGAAAAGAUUCCGUGGAGAUGUCAGUUGGGAGUGAUUUUCGGACUAUGUUUCUUGGCGAUGAACUUUUGAAUACGAUUCCAGAAAACAGAGGAACAGAUUCGCCGUGUCAGAUCGUACCAAAAUUCGAUAGUCCACACAUACCCCAAACUAAUAUUGCAACACAUGCAUGGAAUACAGAUUCCCGUGGAAUUCAGGAUACAAUAGAAUCUAUACUAAAUGUAGGAAACAAACCGAAUGAACAAUAUCCAGUUGUUCUCACGUCGGUGGAACCUAAAGUGUCCAACACAUAUCUUCCAGUUACUUCAUCAAAUUUAGCCAUGGUUAACUUUUCCACGUCGGAUACAUGCCAAGGCCGUGAUAUCAAGCGUGACCACAGUAGUGAUAGCUCGGAUGUACCAAAUGAUAGUAUUUUACCAACGGUUUUAGAAGAUUUCAAUUUUUGAAAAUUACAUACAGUCGAAAAUUGUAAUGAAAACAACAAAGAUGUUUGCCUUAUUUGGACUCAACUGCAGUGUGAGUGACGCUUAUUAUUGAGUAAUAAUCUUUGAACACGUUAUACUAAAAAUGGUCAGUAUUUUUUGUUCUCAUCACAAUCCAUUUUAUAGCUAUUUUACUGUUACAUUAUUUAAUAAUGAUAAGUAUAUAUUUGUCUCGAGAUCUGUUGUGAUGUUUUAGUUUAGCAAAUUCCACAGGUUACAAGAAAUAAAUCUACAUCAUUCUAGUGUAUAUCUUAGAUCCGACUUCCCAUCCUAUGAAGAAAUCGACUUCAGAACCGAUUGAUGAUGAAGUAAUAUAUCUAUAUAAUACAUAUACUCACUCUUUGCUUAUAGAUUAGGAUGUUUAAAAGCAAAUCAUUCGCUGAUAUUACAUUAAGCUUUUUGAAAUUAAGUACCAAUUUCUGAAAUAUUUUAUGUCAGUCCCCGUGUAAGGCUUUAUUUUUAUAAUGUAAUAUAUGAUUGUGUUAUUGUAUUUUUAACGGAAUGUUAUGAACAUUGCACUGAAUGUUGUCAGUCUAUGUUUUUCUAUGAUUUUUGUAAAAUAGUUCGGUUUUAUUUUACAUGUUUGUGGGCAUUUUAUUAAUUAUUGUAAAUUUAAUGAUAUGUAUUGUUGUUUUUGUCAUUGUAUUUUUAUUUAGUUAAGAUUGCUGUAGGACAUGAGGGUCGGCAUCUUUAUUCAAAUUUAAAGUGUUUGUAUGUUAUUUAAAUGCUUUUAGACUAGUCAUCCACUGUUCCAGUAGUAAGUAUGUGAAAUGUCUGGAAAUUCAUUCCUGCAACUUUUCAUAGGGCAAAUAUAUAUUUUUACAGUUACUCUUUUUAACGUGGUGUGUUUUGUAAAAAUCCAUUGUUUUAUAUCAUGUAUAUUGAAGAUUUUUUUCACGGAAAUACACGAUAACAUGAUCAUUCUUGCUGCCCCGUGGUAAACUAAGAUAUAAUAUGAACAAAAUAUAUUAGGGUUACUCGUACGACGGGACAAACGUGAGUUUGAAUUAUGCAUAUUUUGAAAUGCAUGUGAAUACUUAAUAGAACAUGUAUUCGUGAUUAUUUCUUAUAACAUAAUUUCAGGAAUGAUUAGGUAUAUAUACAGUAUGAAAAAAAGACUUAGUCCAUUACUGGAAAAAUAAUGUUCUGAUUUGGAGAUAGAAUGAAACGCUCAUGUUUUAUACCUGGUCAGACAUGUAAACAUAACUUCGUAUACAUGUAUGUUAAUGUAUUGAUAUAAAGGAAUAGUAGAACAAUACCACAGUAACAUGUAUUUCUAAUAGUUAUGUUAAUUAUGUAAUUAAUUACAUUGAAUAUGCUUUAAAUAAAAUAAUCUUCAAACAUAGGGCAAAAUAAGACGUUUGGUGCAAUAAAUGUUUACAGAAAGGACAUUAGCCAUUUGACAUAGCAUUUAUUUAUAUGUUCAAGGUAAGAAUAUAUUUGUUCUUAUUUCAUAUUUUCAAUUUUCUUUCAAAUUUUUAGUUAUCGUCUAACAUUAAAAUCAGAAGUUAAAGAUCAUGACAAAAUAUUAGUUGCUAAAUGUAGCAAUCAAUACAGCAAUUUUCUGACAUUCUUUUCUUGUCAGAUACAUGACAGAUUUUAUUAUGUUCAAAUAAUACUUUUAGUUGAUAUUUUCCUGUAAUCAUAUUUCCUAUGAUGAAAUAAGUUUAUUCAUAAAAAAAAACAGGAAAUUACAUUAAUCGCUGUCGCAUGAUAACUAAGUGCUAUUAAACAAUUAAGAUUGAAAUAGUGCAUGAAUAUCCGAUAUAUUUUAUUGUUUUUAUUGAUGUUUAUAUUAUCAAUUUUAAUAAAUCAACAAAUAUCCAUUUACCAAACAUAUGUGAUGGUACAUACGGAUAAUUCUCAACCGAAAGUCCUCACAUUAUGAUAUCGCACAUUUACGGACUGUGAGUUUGUACCUUUAAUAUUUGAAAAUCAUUGGUGUAGUAUGUAUUACAAAGAUAAUUAUAUAUCAAACAUUUCCAACUAUUUUUUUAUUAUUGAGAUAUGUUGAAAUAUAUUCUUAUAUAGAAUUAACAAAAUUUACAUAAUUGUACAUCUCUACAGUGCAAGUAAAACAAUACUGAAAAAUGGCAAAUCAGUAAAUUUGACUCGUGUUAUGUAAUUAUGAUGAUAACAGUUUUUAUACUUAAGAUAUAUAUGCAAUAAAUGUUAAAUCAAAUGAGUUUGUUUUCAAUUUAUCACGGUCUAAUUAUUGUCCCUAGACUUGACUAUGACGUCACCUGACGCAUGACUGUUCUUGUGUGCGUGCAAUGAUCAGAAGUGACUCGUGAGAAAAUUGUGAUAUCUUACGACCUGAAUUUUGACCUUAUCAGUUAUUUACACAGAAGAGAUAUACAAAAAGUCUUCAUCUAAAACACGAAAUGAGUAUCAUUCUUACAAAUGUUAUUGUAUUUGGCUCCGAUAUCAGGAAGUGUUACCAAGUUCGUUUUUUCAUGCUGGCUGUUCUAAAACCAUCACGAUUUUCCGACGUCGACUGUACAAUAUAUAGGACAAUACGUGAUCGUUGCGUACACAUUAAGAAGCCAACACCACAAAGUCAUUAGACCAUGUAAACAUGCUCCUACCAGUACUUCCGUUAGAAAUGUGCCGGUUCAGUGCACAUGUAAACAAUGCUUUCUAAACUAUAAAUUUCACAGAGAUGUGAUUUUUUCAGUGUAGUUAUAGACGCUUUAAUAUUUGCUAAAAGAAACUAAAUAGAGGCAAUUUUUGUUAAGCUAUGACAAAGAUGCUGUUUUUUUUCCAAUGUAGUAACACACACAUUUAAAGUAUAAAUAAGAAUCUAAGUACACGUAUAAUAUCGUGUCCCACUUUAUAAACGAUUUAGAACCAAAUCCUAAUCUCGUGAAACUUUCCUCAAAUGUUUUGUAUUUUUGGUAGUAAUAAUGUGUAUCCAUGUUGCAUCACGACUACUUUUGAAGAACAAUUCAUCACACAACUUGCGUACGCGUGUUUUACCCUGUAAGAACAUGUUAUGACGUAAUUGUGACGUCACAAAAUACUGUAUGAUGUCACAAUGAAUCUGUGGAACUUUAAUACAGUGUAUUCAUAUAAUUUUGGACGGAAAUUCACAUUUUAAGAUAUGAUGUAACACAUGAGAUCGCAUUUACGUUGUGUACUCAUAUAUACUGGAUUAAAUCUAUUUAUUCUGAAAAUAUUUUUGAAAAUAUUGAUCCUAUCAAAUAUCGUAGUCUUCAUAUGACGGUCCCUGCAUGCGGCGGC